AGGGUCGGACCCGGGGGUGGCAGCCCUGGGAGUCGCCCUUGGGGGAGGUUCACAAGCAGGAAGCGGAAGCCUCCGCCUGCUGUCAGCCACGCCCAUGCCGGCCACUGGAUCCCAGGGGUGGAGCGCUCGGAUUGGGCGUCCCUCCCACAGCGAUGGCUCCGCCCGGGGAUUUACGGCACCUCUGCCGGCUGGUGCAGGAGGGCCGGCUGCAUGCCCUGCAGGAAGAGCUGCAGGCGGCGGAAGGCUGUCUGGGGCCAGCUAGAGGCUGCCCGGGACCAGCAGGGGACACCCUGCUGCACUGCGCUGCCCGCCAUGGGCAUCGGGACAUCCUGGCCUAUCUGGUCGAGGUCUGGGGUAUGGACAUCGAGGUCGCCAACCGAGACUACAAGAGGCCUCUGCACGAGGCUGCCUCCAUGGGCCACCCGGAUUGCGUACGCUACCUGCUGGGCUGUGGGGCAGCGGUCGACUGUCUGAAGAAGGCCGACUGGACUCCUCUGAUGAUGGCUUGCACAGGAAAGGAUCUUGAGGUGAUCCAGGAGCUUGUGGAACAUGGUGCCAACCCCCUCCUGAAGAACAAAGAUGGCUGGAGCAGUUUUCACAUUGCCAGUCGAGAAGGCCACCCUCAGAUCCUCUGGUACUUGCUCACUGUCUGCCCAGAUGCCUGGAAGACAGAAAGCAAAAUUAGAAGAACUCCUCUGCACACAGCAGCAAUGCAUGGCUGUUUAGAGGCAGUAGAAGUCCUUCUUGAGAGGUGCCAGUAUGAACCAGACUGCAGAGACAACUGUGGUGUCACCCCCUUCAUGGAUGCAAUUCAGUGUGGCCACAUUGAAGUAGCUAAGCUACUUCUUGAGAAACAUAAGGCUUGCAUUUCGGCUCGGGACAGCCUGGGGGCCCAGGCUGUGCACAGGGCAGCAGUUACUGGGCAGAACGCAGCCAUUCGAUUCCUGGUGUCUGAUCUCGGCGUUGACGUGGAUGUGAGAGCAACAUCAACCCACCUAACCCCACUGCAUUAUGCAGCUAAGGAAGGACAUAAAAGCACAAUUCAGACUCUCUUAUCCUUGGGUGCUGACAUUAACUCUAAAGAUGAAAGGAAUCGAACAGCUCUACAUUUGGCCUGUGCCGGUCAACACUUGGCUUGCGCUGAGUUUCUCUCACAGUCUGGGCUGAAGGAUUCUGCAGAUGUAACUGGUACCCUGGCUCGGCAGCUUGCAAAGAGCAGACAUCCUUCAGGGCUUGGCCACAGUGCACUGGCAUGAGGAUGUUUCUGGAAGAAGGCAAUAAAGUGCAUGAUCCCCAGCUGCCCCACCACAAGAGAUUUGAACACCAGCUCUGAGAUCGCCACUAAAGACAAAGAAGGAAGUUGUGGAGGAGGCAGAGAAUGGAAGAGAUGUCCCUGCUAAUGGGGAGCAGGAGGCUGACAAUGAAGUGAAUAAGAGGUUCGGGAAGAGGAUGGAGAUGAAGAUGAGGUGGCUGAGGCAACUAUAGCAGACGGGCAUCUAAAGAUGAGGAUGAUGAUAUCACUGCCAAGAAGCAAAAGACCAAUAAGAAUGACUAGACAACAACAAAAAAAGGAAAAGUUAAACUUAAGAAAAGCCACCAUGACCUAUUCACCCCCCACUUCCUGUCUCAGAAUCUAAGCUUGGUUGCUUUCAUGUAGAGGCCUGCCUGGGGCCCACCAUGGGUGCCACCCGCAGUUGACACGCACUCUCCUCCACCCAACCCAAACCACAACCUGAAUUUGUUAUGGGGGAGGAUAAAAGAACCAAAAUUUUCAAGACAUUGCUUUUUCUCCUAAAAGUAUUGCUUAAAGGAAAUUUUAUUUUAUUUAUUUUUUUACCAGAGAGUGUAUAUGUUCACCAUAGAGACAGAAAGUG